AUGUUGACAGUCAAAGACCUGACCAGUGAUUUCUUUCAAAAAUUCUUUACGAAUGACCCGACUUGUCCGAAAAGUCCGGUGCUUCAAGUCAUUGAAGCACGUAUGCUGAAGAAUCCAGUGGAAAAUAGACACCGAUUCCGCUUAUCUGAUGGCGUUUUCCAUUAUUCUACGUGUACGCAUACACCGGCGCUUUUCGAUCGUGUUGAAGCCGACAAAUUGAGUGAAGGACAUCCGGUCAUUCGCGUACUGCAAUACUCGAAGAAAAUGACCAAAAGCGAACGUGCACCACAAGGAAGACUAACCGUAACCAUCGACGAUUAUGAAGUGUUAGGAAGUGAUUUGCCCGUUUUGGGCCAACCGGUUGCGCAUUCGGGUAAUGAAAGUGACUUCAAAGGCUUGAAUGUGCAGAAUGUCAUUCAACACCAAGAACAACAGAAUGGUAACGCGACUGUGCAUCAAGGUAAACAUCACUUGCAGAAGUUAUCGAGCUUAUUACUAUUGCUGUGGAAUCAGAAUCCAACAACGCCAAAUAAAGGCGGAUCAUUCGGAGGACAGAAUAUCACGCCGAUUCGUUUGAUUACUCCAUAUGUCAAUAAAUGGCGAAUUUGUGGAGUGGUAACAGCAAAGGAGGAACUGCGAGUGAUCAGAACGGCUCAACGCGGUGAAUUGAAAGUAUUCAAUUUUGAAAUAACCGAUGAAGAGGGUGGUUGCAUUCGUGUGGCAGCGUUCGCCGAGAUGGCCGAGAAAUUCUACGCGAUGAUACAGAAAGGAUCGAUGUAUUAUGUGAUGAAUGGCAAUGUGAAACAAGCAAAUAAGCGAUUCAACACAACCGGUCACGAUUACGAGCUGAGUGUGAGACAAGACACUGAUAUUUCACCUUGUGUCGAUAGAAGUAUGAUCGCAGAACCAAAAAUGAAACUGUCAAUUGUGCCGCUAUCAGCAGUUCCAGCACGUGCCGGACAAUGUAUUGACGUAUUGGCUAUCAUUGAUCAAAUCUCUGAGUUGCAACAGGUAACGCAACGCAGCACUGGAGCGUUAUUGGAUAAACGAGAUAUACACUUGAUCGAUACGAGUGGCACGGUUGUGGUGUUGACAUUGUGGGGUGAACAAGCCAAGAAGAAUGACACCGACCUGCUGCAUCAAGUGGUCGGCAUUAAAGGAGCCAGUGUUCGCGAAUAUAACGGAAGUUACAAUUUAUCGGCGAUGAACUCAACUCGAAUUGAAGUAAAUCCAGAUUGCACUGAGUCAAGAGCGUUGUACGUAUGGUUCCGAGAGAAGAGACCUAGUAUUGAGACAAAAUAUGUGACUAGCACUGUCUUGUCGGGUGAUGCUUAUGCUCGUGAUUUGCACGUAAUCGGUAUAGCGAAAGACUUAAAUUUUGGCCAAGAAGAACCGAAGGGUGCCUACUUCAAUGUCACUGCUAUGAUUUCAUCAAUAAAAACCGAUGGUGCUCUUUAUAAGAGUUGUGGUACUAAUGGCUGUAAAAAGAAAGUGAUCGAAUUUGAGAAUGGUUACCGAUGUGAGAAAUGUGAUUUGACAUUGGACUCCUACAAAUACGUUCUGCUACUCUCGAUGGAAAUAGCCGACUUCUCUGGAUUGCACUGGGUGACGGUCUUCGAAGAGAAAGCCUAUAAAUUGUUGAAUAAAACAGCUGAGGAGUUGGGAAACUUCCUGGAUCAUGAUCAGUUGGAUGAGUACAACGAUGCAUUCAGUGCGAUACGUUUCCGUCAAUAUACAUUCCGUAUUCGCGCAAAAUCAGAAGUGAUUUUUCAGGAUGCCCAACGUAUAAAAUGGACCGUUUUUGAUGUUCAUCCUGUGGAUUACGAUAAAUACGCAAAUGAAUUGACGAAAGCAAUCGAAAAACUGGAGAGUCUUUGA